UUGUGAUGGGUGGGGGGCCCUCAGUGUGGGGUCCUAGGCCGGCGGGGUUGAGGUGGGCUGGGCUGACCCAAGACGGGGUCCCCGCGGGCAUCAAGCCGGGCACAGAAGACCCUCCCAGCAUGCCCAAGGCUUGACCCAUCACUCAAAUUGUUACAGACAUCAUGUGGGCACUGAGCAGCGGCUGCGGGACAUCUUGGCUGAGCCUCUUUCUAGCCGCCCAGAUCUUGAUUUCGUGCUUCUUUGUGGCUCACUCGCAAGACCCCACGGCCGUGAACAUCACCGUUGUACUCCUCCCGGAGCACCCAAAGGUCGGAGGCUCCGUUACAAUCACCCCAGAGACAACGAAGCGGGACGUGACCUCCUGCCUGUGGCUCAAGGGUUCAGAGCAGGGAUACAAUCGGGUCAUCUUGAACGAGUUCAAGCCCGACAGUAAGGUCACGAAUGCAGAUCAAUAUAAUGGGAGGCAGUCCUUCAAGGAGAACUGUGCCCUGCACAUCACCAAGCUGGACGUUGAGGACCAGGCAAGCUACAAGAUCAUCAGGAACACCACCAGCGAGACUGAGACUGGAGAAGUAUUCCUGCUGAUCCUGCGAGACAGUAAAGUGGUCACUACUACUCCACACAAACCAGAGCCAAGGGUCAUGGCUGUGGGCACCAUGGCGGGCAUCAUCGUCGGCUGCCUGGUCGGGUCCGUCUUAAUCGUAGCCCUGAUCACGUACCAGACCAUGAAACAAUCAGAAAGCUUUGGUUCUGGAGAAGGUAGAAGCCCCCAUACAACAUCCAAACCUGGGAGCCAGCAGAGACUAAGCAUUCAUAACCUUGGACCUGUACCUGCACCCCAGUGAAAUCAGCCCAGGUGUUCCCACCUGGAAUCCACCUGGACCCCAUGGACUUUCUUCCCGAGACCCUAAGAAGACGGAAAAGAAGACAAAGUGCUCCAUCUUCCAGGAUAACUUCCCAAACGUCUUGACCAUCCUUUGCCCCCAUCCAGACCCCGUUGUUGCCGGGAGGGAAAGACAAACCCAUCAUAUAUCCGGGGAUGAAAUAAAAACCUCCAGUGUCCACCA